CAUGAUUGUAUGAGUUGUGCUGGUGAGAACAUGUGUUUGUUACUUACUUUAGAAGAAGUCCAUUUAGCUGAAAGCUCAGUUGUAGAACUGUCUUUUCGUUAUGCCUGUCUGAAACUCAGUGUUUCCUCUACAUGGUUGCUCCUGAAUUAACAGCACUAACAACAGCAGUUAUGAAAAUGCUUGAACAUUUUGGAUGGACAUAUAUAAGUGUUGUGUAUUCUGCAGCAAAAGAAGAGUAUGAAUUUAUGUUUCAACACCUUCAGAAAACUGCAGCUCAGUCUGGAGUGUGUUUUGCUCUUGAAGAAGGCUUAAAAACUACAGAGAACAUGACUGAAGUGUCCAACUUGGUGAGGCUCCUUGUGGAAUCACGUGCAUCUGGUGCCAGAGGUGUCCUACUGCUCCUCUCUCCAAAUGACCUGCAAUUAUUAAUGCAAAGUGUUGGACAAGCCCUGGGACAUGGAACACUUAGACGAGAAGACCUUUUUUGGCUUGUUGUUAAUGUUGACGGAGAAGCACAACACAUUCUAGAACAAUACAGAAAUUUUCUUAGUGGAGUCCUGACAUUUGGUCCACAGAAGAGACCAGUAAGAGAAUUUCUGCAACAUUUGUGGCAACUGCAACUAGGAAGCAGAAGAUCUGAAAAGAAUCCAUGGCUCCAUAAAUAUUAUCAGAAGGUAUCUCACUGUAAUGAUGCAAAAUGUAAACAUUUGGUUGAAGUAGGCAGCUACACUGACUUCAAUGUGAUACAAGCUGUGUAUGCAAUUGGGAAAGCAUUUCAAAAUAUGGCAAAUGACAUGUGUUUUGUCAUGUUUAAUUCUACAUGCAUGGAAAAUAUAGAGAGGUCACCAUUGACUUUAAACCAAUAUCUCAGAUCAACAACUUCUGAAAGAGCAGAUGGUAUUCAUAGCAGCUUGUUUCAGUUCAAUGAAAAUGGAGGAGGAAAUGUUCCUAUUGAAAUAUUUAAUCUUAAAAGAAGUAUCCAUGAAUGGAGUCAUACAGCUGCUGAUGUUCACUAUGAAAGGGUAGCAUUAUUCUCGAACAGUUCACUUAACCUGUUGGAUGACGUAUACACAUACAGAGAUAUGGGAAGCGAGGUUGUAGUUUCGUCACUGACAUCACAGUGUGCAACAAGAACUAGCUGUUCACAGUGCAGAGGUCAUCAUCGCAAACUGGAAACAGCAGAAUGGGUGAGAACGAUAGCACUGAGGCAACAGGAAAAGACAAAAAACACAAAAUUUUAUGUUGCUGCAGCAUUUGAUAUACAUGAAGCAUCAAUAAACCCCAUGGAAUGUGGAUCAGAAUUACAUGAGAAAGGCAUUGAACAGUUAGAGGCCUUCUUAUGGGCCAUUGAACAAGUGAAUAAGAACAGCACAUAUAUAAAUCUUGCUGCUGUUUCAUUGGAUUCAUGUGGAAGCCCUGUGAAGGCUGCUCAAGAUAUAGCAGAUCUCUUAACCCUUCACACGUCUCUGAACAGAAAUGGAGCUUCCCAGAACAGUGCAGUUGCUUUUAUUGUUGGCGGAGGGACAAAUUUAGUAUCAGCUGUAAUGGAUUCAGUAAAUUACUUGAAGAUUCCAGUGUUUGCUUCAGAGGCCAGGGGCCCACUGCCUCACAGAAAGAAAUAUGCUCCAUAUCCACUCCAGCUGGCACCAACCAGCAAAGCUUAUGCAGCAGCUGUGCUAGCACUUCUUCAAAAUUUGGGUUGGAGUUGCUUUUCUGUUAUAUACCUACAGGAUGGAAUAGAAUAUGAAGACAGUUACAGGCUAUUUGUAGACUAUGCAUCAGUUUAUGAAAAUGGAUUGAAUAUGACCAUCAGUCUUCCAGUUCCACUUCAGUACACUGCUGGAAUAAUUAGAGAAUACCUUAAGGAAAUUGCAACAGUCCAUACAAGUGGAAACAAGAUAGUUGUGCUGCUGCUCCCCAAUGAAGUGGUGGAGCUACUUUUACGAGUUUUGCAGGCAAUGGAAGAUGAGAGUCAGAUAGCUGUUGGAGCUCUCACAUUCAUAGUGCUGGGAGCAGAGAAAGCAUUGAACACUUACAGUGAACAGGCUCUCGGAACUCUUGUCAUAAGACCUGCAGCAUCACAUGUCUUGGAAUUUGAAACUUACUUCAGACAUCAUAAUCUUAGCACAAAUACACAUAACCCCUGGUUUGCUCAAUUCUGGUCAACAGUAUUUCACUGUAGGGGUGCAAACUGCCACAAUAAACUAUAUAAAGACCUUCAGAGUUAUCAUUUUAAAGCGAGCACUUCAGUAGCCAAUACCAUCAACUCUGUCCUUUCCAUUGCUCAUGCCCUUGGAGCAGUGGCAAGAGAGCUGUGUCCAGAAACAAUACUCUCCGGACAGCACUGCUCAGCAAUGCAGGAUAUUGACAGAGUGCGACAUCGCCUAUUUGAAGUUGCUCCACAUAUGGCCUUUGUUGGAGCUGGGCUAAAUACAGUAGCAUUUUCAAAGAUGGGUGAAAAUACACAUGCUGAAACUGAGGUUUUAAGCUUUCAGCGAAAUAAUAAUGGACACUACAUCUUGGUACCAGUUGGCCGCAUUGAUGCCAAAGGAAAUGUGAAAGUUAAUGAAACGAGUAUAAAGUUAUAUUCCAUGAAAAGACGUGAUGAAGUCAGUGUAUACAAAAUACAAAGUCCUUGUGAAAUAGUGCAUGAUGGAAUUAACACUGUUUAUAAACCCAUUCUCAAAAAGGUUCCGGCAAAUAAAAACCUAUCUAUCUUAGGAAUCAUCCCUCUACAUGAGAAAGGAGAAGGCCAGUUUAACUGUGGGAAGCUCCAGUUAAAUGCAGCACUUCAUGCAGGUGCUAUAUUGUAUAAGCUGGAACAAAUCAACAACAAUGCAUCACUUCUUCCUGGAAAUGUUUUGGGAGUGACUAUAGUUGAUAGCUGCUUCCAACCUUCAUAUGUCUAUGGAACAGCUUUUAAUACUGUGACUAAAUCAGUUGGUGAUUUUUGGACAGACAACAAACUUGGCACUGCAUCCAAUAGAGGAUCAGACAUCAUUGCAGCUAUUACAAAUGAUGUCCAGUCUUCUGAAAACAUACAAUCUCUUUUGAAAUCAAAUGGGAUUACUCACAUUACUGUCCCCAUGGACAAGUAUACUUUGGAGGGCAUAGACCUCCACAAUGCAAAGUUCUGGGAAGAAGUUUUGCAGCACAAAGAUGCAGCCGAAGCUAUGCUUUCUGCAGCCAUGGCUAUGCGUUCUCAUUCUGUUGUCAUUGUUAGAGAGGCUGAAGAAUGGGCAGAGACUGCAUCAGAGCACAUUCAGAACCAUGAUUGGAUAAAAGAGGGCGUUCUGUGCCUUUCAGGAGUAUAUUCACUUUACAACAGAAACACAGAGGGCUUAGUUGGUGCAAUAAGCUCCUCAAAUAUGAUGGUAACAGAAGAAAUAACAAAAAAACUGAGACCAGGAACAACAAUAAUAUUGUUGUUGCAAGACCCGAGAGAGGUUCAGUCAUUCUUAAAUGUAUGCCACACAAUUGAUGGACUGAUAUUUAUGACAGUUAUACAGAAUAAUCAGAAACAAAUACAAGCAGGUUUCCACAACAUUGUUACACUUAAACCUCUACUUCACCAAACUGUAGAGGAAAGUGAGAUUCAGAAUUUCAAGGAGUGGCUAAAACAAAGAUUUAUUGGAUAUGGCCCAAAUGCAAUGUACUCAAUGCCCAAACCAUGGGUAGAUGAGCUUAAAGAAUCAUAUGGAUCUCUCAUCAUAGGAGAUCAGCUGAACAUCUCUUCUCCCAGCAUAUGGGAUACAAUGGAAAGUGUAUCAAUUAUUGCAACUGCAAUGAAUAAUGUAUUGGAAAACCACUGCAGUAACAUCUCUGGCACAGUAUCUUUGGAGAAGUGCGGGAUUGACUACAAUGAUAUAUUUAGAUUAUUAGAAGAAGAAGUUUUAAGUGCCAUUCACAACAACUGUGAACUCAGAGGUUUCAGUCUAUGGAAUGGCCAUCACUACAUUGGAACAUGGAACAAUAAUUCUGGUUUUAAAUUAAUCAGCCCUGUAAACUUUUCUACUUUGUUAUCAGAUUGUACAUCUGUUCAAUGCUCAGUAUGCAUGGAAGAGACAGAAUUGGAAAAGUCUUUCCAUGAACAGCCUACAGUUUACCAUAAUUUUCAAUACACAUGGCCAAUAGCCAUAGGAGGUAUGACACUACUAGGCAUUAUAGCAACAGUUUUGAUUUCAUUGUAUUUUCUUGGAUUCUCAUCUCCAUUCAGUGCUACUGUGGCAUGUCAUACAUCAGCCUUAGAUUACUUUAUGCUUUUGGGCAUACUGCUGCUGUUUACAUCUAACUUUACAUUCAUACUUUCCCCCACAUCAGCUGUUUGUGGAUUAAGAAGAAUUUUCCCAGGAUUUUCCUACACAAUAAUUUUCUCUGCGAUGCUCCUCAAGGCAUCAUCAAUAUGGAGAGAAAACACUAGGAAGAAGUUCACAGAAGACUGGCUCUUCUGUUCGUCAGGACUUAUAAUUAUGGCAGUUAUUUUAACAGUAAUACAGGUCAUAUUGUCUGGAGUCUGGUUGCUGCUUAUUCCACCUCAACCAUACCUGACUACAGAGACAGGCAUCAACUUUUGGAAAUGUUAUCCAAGUGGCAACUUUCAUGCACACCUGUUAAUAUCAUUGAUAUAUGUUAUACUACUCCUCAUAAUGGCAGCUGUUGUGUCCUUAAUUAGUUGCUUCAGUUUCAGAAAAGAAAGCUGCAGUGAAGAUGAGAGAUCUAAGGAAGCAAGAGGUAUACUAGCAGCUUCAAUUUUAACAGCUGCUGUAUUUACCUUCUGGGGCAUAAGUACAAUAACAGCAGUUUCUCCACAAAAUUCUGAUCUUGCAACAGCAACUGCUCAUUUGAUUUCAGCUUAUCUUCUGCUUCUAAGCCUUGAAUUAUCUAAAUUUUUACCAUAUAUGCAUGAUGACUCCAUAUCAUCAGGACCUUCAAACAUCAGGACUGUUUAUGAUAUUUCAGAUUUUCAUCCCACUUCUAUAAAAGGUCUGCCAGGCUUCUGUUCUGCUGCUCCAACUGUUCAGUUAGAUUCUACACAACAAGAUGAUGAUAUACUGGAUGACCCUUCACAGAUUAUACCCAGUUCACUAUAUUCACUUGAUAUGUUCAGCACAACAGAGAACAGACAAUUGGAAGAUGAUGAUGAAGAACAAGGUGAACACUGUGAACCAGGAACAAAUGAAUUUAUGCCACCAGCCAGUGCCAUUCGAGGAGUUGAAGACAGGCUGUCUAUCCAAGAAACAUUGUCCUACAUGUGAUUAAUACUAUCUGCAAGCAGCUAACAACAAAGAGAAAGCAAUGUUUUUGAGAUAUUGGCAAGAUCCAUAAAAAAGGUUAUGGUUCAUCUGCAGUCUUCUAUGAAUGACAAAUAAAGUCAUAAGAUCAAAAACCAUAAACAAAACUGUUAGUUUGUUAUAGACAAGGAGUCAAAGUGAUUCUGUUGUUGUCAUUUCCUUGUAGGAGGAUGUAUAUGGCUAUAGUGACCUGCAUUCCACAAAUAUACAAAAUAGAAUAAAAAUUCACUAUCAUCUUUUGUAGUACAACAGUUCAGAAAUGAACAGAGACAGAAGUUGUAAUAUAAUGGAAUUAUUGUA